CACACUGGAGAGAAACCUUACAGCUGUGAUCAAUGUGGGAGGAGUUUUACUACAUUUUUCUCUCUGACUCUACACCAGAGAAUACACACAGGAGAGAAACCCUACAGCUGUACUCAAUGUGGAAAGAGUUUUACUCAGUCAAGCAACCUGUUGUCACACCAGAGGAUACACACAGGAGAGAAAUCUUUUAGUUGUAAUCAAUGUGUGAAAAGUUUUAUUUCAUCUAGUUACCUGACUGUACACCAGAGAACACACACAGGAGAGAAACCUUAUAGCUGUGAUCAAUGUGGGAAGACUUAUAUUUCAUCUUGCCAUCUGACUAGACACCAGCGAGUACACACAGGAGAGAAACCUUAUAGCUGUAAUCAAUGUGGGAAGAGUUUUACUCGGCCAGACAGCCUGAUAUCACACCAGAGAACACACACAGGAGAGAAACAAUAUAGCUGUAGUCAAUGUGGGACAAGAUUUGCUUGGCUAACCAGCCUAGUAUCACAUCAGAAAACACACACAGGGGAGAAAUCUUAUAGCUGUGAUCAAUGUGGGAAGAGUUUUGCUGCAUCUGGCUCUCUGACUCUACACCAGAAAACACACACAGGAGAGAAAUCUUAUAGUUGUGGUCAAUGUGGGAAGAGUUUUACUACAUCUGGCUCUCUGACUCGACACCAGAGAAGACACACAGGAGAGAAACCUUCUAGCUGUGGUCAAUGUGGGAAGAGUUUUACUACAUCUGGCUGUCUCUCCAGAUCAAAACACCUCAAGAAACACCUGCAGAGAUCCACAGGGAAGAGAACUCACUGCUCCUCUGACUGUGGGAAGACAUUAACAUCUUCAUCAGGCAAUAAAAUUAAUCAGAGAAUCCACACAGGAGAGAAAUCUUUUAGCUGUGGUCAAUGUGGGAAGAGUUUUACUAGGUCAACCAGCCUCAUAUCACACCAGAGAAUCCACACAGGAGAGAAACAUUUUAGCUGUACUCAAUGUGGGAAGAGUUUUACUUCGUCUAGCCAUCUUACUCUACACCAAAGAACACACACAGGAGAGAAACUUUAUAGCUGUGAUCAAUGUGGGAAGAGUUUUGCUGCAUAUGGCUCUCUGACUCUACACCAGAGAAUACACACAGGAGAGAAACCUUAUAGCUGUGAUCAAUGUGGGAGGAGUUUUGCUAAAUCUUUCUCUCUGACUCUACACCAGAGAAUACACACAGGAGAGAAACCUUAUAGCUGUGAUCAAUGUGGGAAGAGU